AUGCAUUUGCGACUCUUUGCCAUUGUGAUGUCCUUGCUAUGUGAGGUGAUCAGGAUGGGGUCUGGUGUCGUGCAGAGGCAGAGCGCUCACAGAGAGGCAUCCGAGGACUGCCGGAGCUGUCUGGAGUGUUCCCGGGACAAUGGCUGCGUGCGUUGCCCCGAGCGACUCUUCCUGUUCCUGCAGAGGGAGGGAAUGUCUCACCAUGGAACCUGUCUCCAGGCCUGCCCCGCUGGACACUACGGACAGAGGGGGAAGGACGUCAACCGCUGCAUGAAGUGCCGCUCUUUGGACUGUGAGAGCUGUUUCAGCCGAGACUUCUGCACCAAGUGUAAGCCUGGCUUCCAGCUGUACAAGGGCAAGUGUGUGACCGGCUGCCCAGAGGGAACAUUCGCCCACCAAACAGACUGCCUAGAGGACUGCCUCUUGGCUCCAGCGGGAGAGUGGAGCGAGUGGAGCGUCUGUCUCCACGAUGGCGUCGCCUGUGGCUUCAGGUGGGGCAGGCAGACCAGGACUCGGGGGGGCAGGACGCCCGAGGAGAAAGCAGCAUCGCUUUGCCCAUCCCACAGCGAGACGCAGAGGUGCAGAUUGAAGAAAAAGUGUCCCACAGGUGAGGAGAGAAGGAAGGAGGAAGCGGGAGGGAGAUUACAGGUGCAAACAUCCACUGCUGUGGACAGAUGUCCAUCAGACACAGCGGAGACUUCUGAGAGCAAGGGAGCACCCGUGGUCUAA